AUGUUUUUGUGGUUGGUAACAGUUGUUCUGGUAUUGUGGAUAGCGUUGUUCAGGUUCAGAAGACGACGGAUGUAUCAAUUAGCGGCCAAGAUUCCGGGCCCCAGCGAGGAGUUGCCUAUUAUAGGGAUAGCACAUUUAUUGGCUGGGGGCUCUGAUGAUGUUAUGAAAGCUUUACAACACUUUAGUUAUGUAGCAAUGGAAAAUGAUGGAUACGUACGCUCCUGGAUUGGACCUUGUUUAUACUUUCUUGUUAUAGACCCUGUGGAUUUGGAAUAUUUGCUAAAGAAUUGCUUGGAAAAGGAUGAUCUUCAUCGUUUUAUAAAAGAAGCUAUUGGAAACGGUGGAAUAUUUGCACCAGUGCCCAUAUGGAGAAGACGCCGUAAGAUUUUAGUGCCGGCCUUUCGUCCGAAGAUCGUAGAGAAUUUUGUUAAGACAUUUUCUGAGCAAAGCGAGAAGAUGGUAUUGAAGCUCACAAAUUGUGCCAAUAAAGGCCCCGUUAAAUUGUGGAAUUACAUAUCCACAUUUACGUUGGACUCUGUGUGUGAGACUGCGAUGGGCGUGAAAAUCAAUGCACAAGAUAAUAUAGAUACACCAUUCCUGAAAUCUAUGCAAAUCUUGUUACAUUUAAUAGGCGAAAGAGUUUUUCAUUUGUGGUUACAACCAGACUGGCUGUAUAGAUUAUUCCCACGAUACGUGACCCAUGAAGAGAAUAUAAAGGUGAUGCACGAUUUCACCAACAAGGUGAUAUCUAACAAGCGAGAGGAAUUAAAGCUAGAAAAGGAUCGCAAGUCAGAAGUAGAUCAUGAUUUCGACCUCGGUAGUUAUCAAAAUCAGACUUUCCUCGACCUGUUAGUCCGUCUGUCGGGCGGUGAGCACGGCUACAGUGACGUCGAGCUGCGAGAGGAGAUUCUUACAUUGAUGGUGGCCGGCACGGACACCUCUGCCAUCGGCCUCGGCUAUACGCUCAAAUUGUUGGCCAUGUAUCCCAAAGUCCAAGAGAAAAUAUACGAAGAACUGCGCGAUGUAUUCGGCGACUCCGAUCGUCCAUUGGUUAAAGAAGAUCUGCUAAAAUUGAAAUACUUGGAAAGAGUUGUCAAAGAAACACUCCGAUUAUUCCCGCCGGUGCCGUUCAUUAUUAGAAAAAUUUUAGAGGAUGUUACAUUACCUUCAGGUAGAGUUCUUCCUGCCGGGUCGGGUGCAGCGGUCAGUAUCUGGGGCUUGCACCGCGACCCCAAGUACUGGGGUCCGGACGCCGAGGUCUUUGACCCUGAUAGAUUCUCACCGGAGAGGUACAACCUCAAGCACACUUGCUCUUACAUACCGUUUAGCAGUGGACCUCGAAAUUGUCUCGGUUACCAAUACGCAUUAAUGUCAAUGAAGAUAGCCCUGUCGGCGAUAGUGAGGCGUUACAAAGUCGUUGGGGAAGAGGAGUCCGGCCCUGUCCCACACAUAGAGUCCAAAAUUGACAUCAUGAUGAAAGCUGUCGAUGGUUAUAAAAUGGGUUUAGAAAAGAGAGACAGUUUGAACAACACUGACCAAGGUUAUUUGAGAUCAUAUAUUCUAGUGUUAGUACGCGGUUACGUUGUGCUAAUAUUUAAAAUGUUUCUAUGGCUGUUGUGUCUCGGUAUAGUGCUGUGUAUGGCACUAUUCAGGUUGAAGAGAAACCGAUUGUAUAGAUUAGCCUCAAAGAUCCCAGGGCCGGACGAUGAAUUGCCGUUCAUUGGGAUCGCACAUAGCUUUACUGGGACUACUGAAGAAAUUUUAAACAGUUUACAGAAGUAUAGUUACGAGGCAAUGAAAAAUAACGGAAUCCUUCGAAGUUGGCUAGGCCAUAUCCUUUAUUUCAUUGUUGUUGAUCCAGUGGAUUUAGAGGUAAUACUAAAGACUUGCUUAGAGAAAGAUGAUUUACAUCGAUUUAUCAAAAAUGUAAUCGGAAAUGGUGGAAUAUUUGCACCAGUGCCUAUCUGGAGAAAACGACGAAAAGUUAUGGUUCCGGCUUUCAGUCCCAAAAUAGUAGAGACUUUCAUUGAAAUAUUAUCUGAACAAAGUGGAAAGUUGGUUUCAAUACUUGCGAAAUGUGCAGGCAAAGGUGAGGUCAAAAUGGGGCCUUUCCUUAAUAGGUGUACUCUUGACUCCGUUUGUGAAACUACAAUGGGAAUUAAAACAAACGCUCAAAAUCAUCCUGAUGCUCAAUUUCUGAAAGCAUUGAAAAAUAUGCUUAAUUUGGUUUGUGAAAGAAUUUUCCAUCUAUGGCUACAACCUGAAUGGUUGUACAAGUUUUUUCCGCAGUACACGACACAUCAGAAACAUUUGAAGGAAAUGCAAGAUUUUGUAGAUGAAGUUAUACGUAAGAAAAGAGAAGAAAUCAAGAACGAGAAGUAUUUGAAGUCAGAAGUAGAUCGUAACUUUGGUUUAAUUAACUACAAGACUCAGUCUUUACUCGAUCUUUUGAUAGAAUUUUCUGGUGGCGAAAAUGGCUACACUGAUCUGGAGUUGAGGGAGGAAAUAAUGACGCUAACAGUAGCCGGUACUGACACGUCGGCUGUGUCGAUUGGAUACACACUGAAGUUGUUAGCGUUGUAUCCAAACGUACAAGAAAAGUUGUAUCAAGAAUUACUGGAUGUUCUAGGAAGUUCGGAUCGACCAAUAGUUAAAGAGGACUUGUUAAAGUUAAAAUACUUGGAUCGUGUUAUGAAAGAGUCGCUAAGAUUAUUUCCACCAGUUCCAUUUAUUAUCAGAAAAGUUUUAGAAGACAUUUCCUUGCCAUCAGGUAGAGUACUACCAGCCGGGUCGGGUGCAGCGGUCAGUAUCUGGGGCUUACACCGUGACCCCAAGUACUGGGGUCCCGACGCUGAAGUGUUUGAUCCUGACAGGUUCCUACCAGAGAGAUUCGACCUCAAGCACCCCUGCUCCUUCAUGCCAUUCAGCAGUGGACCUCGUAAUUGUGUUGGUUACCAAUACGCAUUAAUGUCGAUGAAGAUAACACUGUCGGCGAUUGUAAGGCGUUACAAGAUUGUCGGGGAAGAGGAGGCCGGUCCUGUUCCUCAUAUAAAAUCAAAAAUCGACAUCAUGAUGAAAGCUGUCGACGAUUGCAAGAUUAGUUUAGAGAAAAGAAUUAGAAGCUGA